CCAAAAGGGCAGGGCCUCGCCGGCAGGCCCGAGCCUCUGUUUACAACAUGGCCGCGUCCACGCGGGCUCAGGUGUUGCGGCUCUACCGGGCCCUGCUGAGGGAGAGCCAGAUGUUCACCUCCUACGGAUACAGGACAUACGCCAUCAGAAGAAUAAGAGAUGCCUUUAGAGAAAACAAAAACUUGAAGGAUUCAGCAGAAAUUGAAACACUAAUGAACAAUGCAAGAACAAAUCUGGAAAUGUUACACCGACAGGUCACGAUUGGACAACUCUAUUCAGCACAGAAGCUUGUUAUUGAGUGCCCAGAAAACCUCUGACCCGAAGGCUCGUUGUCCUGCAGCGGCGCUGGAUUAGCUUCAGUAUUCUGCGAUACGCACAGAUUUUUAUUUGAACAUAUUACGUUCUCAACAUAUGUUUAAGCUGUCUUGUCUAACUAGAUCCCUGAACUGGUUGCUGCAUGCUGUAACAACCUCAGGGGUCUAGAAUUUAUUUUAAUUGUGCAUUAUUAAGCUCAAUAGGCCACUGAGACGACGUGUACAAAUUAUGUUCUUUAGUAUCACUGCUUGCUAAUAUCUUUGUACACACUCACGCUGUCAGUUCUCUUGGCAAUAAAAUUCCACAAUCCAAGCCUAA